GUAAGAGGGUGUUCACUAUUGCUCCAAAUAAAGAUCACCUCUCCUCUCAGAUCACAUCUCUCUCUGACGCAUUUUUAUACCCUUUCUAACUAUAUUAUGGCGUGUACCGAGCCUCAAAUCGACACAAAUUCUCGUGAUGUCGCUCUUAAUGACGUUGUUGAGGACCAUCCAGCAUCCUACACAAGUUUCGACUCAAAAUACAAUCGAGCAAAGAUUUCACUACUCUGGCCUGUUAUCGAUACGUUGAUUAUCGCCGCGCUAUCAAUCCCGAUCCUAGCUCUGUUUCUCAAAGGACAACCCUAUCAUCGCGGUUUCUACUGUAACGAUGAAACCAUCAACAAGCCGUAUAAAGACAGCACUGUGAAGAAUUACGUGGCAACACUUGUGGGGUUACUUCUACCAGGUGCUUCGUUCAUCCUGGUUGAAACUUUGCGAUUUCGUGAAGAAACUCCAAAAGAAAGAGCCAUGCACCAGAUCUAUUAUGUCGGAUCGGUGAAGUUACAUCCAGUUUUUAUGAGGUUUGCUAAGAUAGUAGUUGUGUUCCUUUUCGGGGCGGCUGUGAAUACUCUACUGACUGAUGUUGGUAAAUACUCGGUUGGCAGACUGAGGCCGCACUUUCUCACUGUGUGCAAACCUGAUACCAGCCUGUUUAACUGUACAACAGAGUUCAUUACUUCAGUGGUGUGUACUGGCGACCCAGCGAUCAUCAGACAAGCACGACUAUCUUUCCCAUCUGGUCAUUCAUCAUUUGCUGCCUACACUAUGUGCUUCCUCAUCCUGUAUAUCCAGGCUAGGGUUGACAUACCUCAGAGCUACCUGUUGAAGCCACUUCUUCAGCUCAUUCCUCUUAUUCUUGGUAUUCUCUGUGGACUGUCGCGGAUCAGUGAUUAUAAACACCAUUGGAGUGACGUAUUUGCUGGGCUAGCCCUUGGUACAACUAUUGCAUAUGGAGUUGUUUGGUUCCACAUCAAAUGGUUUAAAGAUAUAGAGAAAAUGACUCAAAGAGGCUGUAAAAAGUCUGUGAAAGAUUGUGUCUGAAUAUUUGAAAUAAUAUUUCCAGAAUAUAAUCAUUAAUUGAACAUGGUUAGCCGGUUGUUUUUCAAGGACUGAAAAACGAGUUUUUCAUUCUGUAGAAGAUAUAUACCUGCUGAGGACCUUGUCUGCAUAUACUAUUCUGUCAUUUUGGUAAUUUGUGCACUAGUAAAUAGUUUCAGAUAUUAUGUAAUUCAGUUUUCAAACUUCAAUAAGGCAGAGUGAUAUACCUUACCUUACCUUAUACAUAGAUGAUAUUGAGAGUGAGUCAUUUUAUAAUCUUAUGUUGUUUAGUGGAAUCUCCCUCGAUAAUAACGAACAAUAUUUUAACCACUAAUAAAUCAUACAAUUGUUAA